ACUUCCUGAUGCGCUCCUAUUGGCCAGAGGCUGCCUUUGGUUUAUUUCCGGAAGUGAGUUGUUGUUGCUGUCAGACUUCCCGAAGAACCUCUCCGUCUCAGACCCCAGUUUCAAGAGCCCAGUCCAGGAUGGCCCACUGGUUCCACCGAAACCCCCUGAAGGCGACGGCCCCGGUCUCCUUCAACUUCUACGGGGUGGCCGGCAGCCCUGCCGCCAACAAGAUCUGCAACAACCUGAGGACGGACCGUGCGCGGCUGCUGGAGAUGUUCACAGACGUCACCUGCAACCCGGACAUGAUGAAGAACGCCACCGACGCCUACUUCUCCCUGCUCCAAGGGUUCAUCUCGUCUCUGGACGGGACCACACAGGAGAACAAGAUGAGAUUCAUCCAGAACUUCAAGUGGACCGACACUCUGCAGGGGAACGUCCCAAGUGCGCAACAGGACGCCAUCUUUGAGCUGAUCUCCAUGAGCUACAACGUGGCCAUCUGGUACACCAAGUUCGCCUCCCGCAUGGCGGGCAAGGAGAAUGUAACGGAAGCGGAGGCUAAAGACGUCCAUCGAAGCCUGAAGAUGGCCGCCGGCAUCUUUAAACACCUCAAGGAAGACCAGAUCCCCCGCCUCAUCACCCCUGCCGAGAAGGGGCGGGACCUGGAGGCCAGGGUGAUUGACGCAUACAUCAUCCAAUGCCAGGCGGAGGCACAGGAAGUGACCAUCGCGCGGGCCAUCGAGCUGAAGCACAACGCUACGCUGGUCGCCGCCCUGUCCUACGAGACGGCCAACUUCUACCAGAGAGCCAACCAGACGCUUCACACUUUGGAGCCAGAGUGCAGCAACAAGUGGAAGAAAUACUUCCAGCUCAAGAUGCACUUCUACAUGGCUUACGCGUACUGCUACCACGGACAGACGCUGCUGGCCAGCGAUAAGUGUGGAGAGGCCAUCCGCUCCCUACAGGAGGCAGAGAAGUCCUACCAGCGAGCGGAGGAGCUGUGUAAGGAGUACCGGCAGACCAAGGGCCCGGGCUCCACGGCGCGGCCCUCGGAGCAGCUCUUCUUCCUGAAGCUCGGAGCGCUGGUGAAGAACACGCUGGAGAAGUGUCAGCGGGAGAACGGCUUCAUCUACUUCCACAAGGUGCCGGAGGAGGCGCCCCAGCUGGAGCUGAAGGCGAGCUACGGCCUGGCCGAGCCGCUGGCCUUUGAGCUGCCGCCGCUCAGCGAGCAGUGGAGCCCGGAGGUGCUGAACACCUUCGACCUCACCAAGGGGGCCAAGAACGACAAGGCCAAGGCCAAGCCGGAGGAGGAGGUGAAGCCCAUGAAGGAACCAGACCUGAAGCCUCAGAAGGACACCGGCUGUGUGGUCUCCUAGGGCGACCUCUGACCCCUCGGAGCCCGCGUCUCAGCCAAUCCCCUUCCUCCAGGAGGGCUCCAUCUUGUUACCCUCCAUGGUGGCGCGAGGGCGGUCCAUACUGUAAUGUUAUCCCAGAGCUGGAAUCAUCUUCUGCUGUCUGCUUUACAACCCACAAAGUAAAAGUCCCCUCCUAGCCUAGCCACGUAGCCUAUCCGCCUAGCCUAGCCGCCUAGCCUAGCCUGCUAGCCUCCUAGCCUAGCAUCCUAGCCUAGCCUGCUAGUCUAGCCUGCUAGCCACCUAGCCUAGCCGCCUAGCCUAGCCUGCUAGUCUAGCCUAGUACCCUCCUAGCCUAGCAUCCUAGCCUAGCCUGCUAGCCUAGCCUGCUAGUCCUCUCCCAGCCACAGGGGGAGCUCCUGGCCUCCGUCUACAGGGGAGGACUUGCACUUUGUGGUCCCAGAACCUCCAGCUCUCUCAGUAAGAGUUACGACCCCUGGUCUUAAGGUAAAUAACCCUUAAGGUACCCUUACCCCUGGUCUUAAGGUAGCUCAUGCCCCUUAAGAUGCCGACUUUAAGUUAAAGAGGUCCAGAUGCUGUCGGCCUUGUUCUUCAUGGUGGGUGAGGAGAGUGUCAGACACUCAGAACUGAACAACACUAUUCAAACGAUAUUACAGAUUAGUAUUAAUAUUAUCAGCAUGCCCUUAACAGAACCUCUGCCCCCCCCCCCAUGCGGUGGGACCAUAGCCCACACACCUGCGGCGGUAAUGUGUGACCCUGGCUGACCGCAGGUGUGUCACUAUAUGAUGACCUCAUCAUGAGCGCCUCAUUAAGGAUCCUUCAACGAUAAUCGAUAACCGACCUGCCUUCCUGCCCGGUGUCAGCUGAGUGGUGCCACCGGGAACCAAACAGAACCCCGACAACCACCGAGACACGUCUAUAUGUGGUUUGAAUCGUCUCAAAGCAUUCAAGCUUCUUUUAAAGUUUUGGUUAUUUUGGAUUCUCCUCCUCUGCUGUCUUUCUUUUUAUACUCGAGGUAGCAUCUCUUAUUUAAUGAUUCUGUUUCCAAACUCGAUAUAAGUGGGUUACGAUGUUGAGUCGUAUAUUAGUGAUGAUUUGGGGACUUUGUAAUAUACCCCCUAUUAAUAUUAGCUUUUUAAUGUAUUACUCAUGUUUAAUGAUAGAUUAGAUUUGUUUUUUACACUAUACACUAAAUGUUACAAUAUAGCAUUGCUUGCCAACCACGUUUCCAGUCCAGCUUGUUUUUUUAAUUCUCUGGCCACAUUUAGUGGUCACCAGCUGUUGCAUUACCUGUAGAACUCAUUACAAUCUUUUUAAGCAGCGUACCCGAGAAACACCUGAAGGUCUCGUUAACAGUCUCGUUAAGCAGAAACACCUGAAGAUCUCGUUAAGCAGUAUACCUGUAGAAACAACUGAAGAUAUCGUUAACAGUCUCGUUAAGCAGCACACCUGUAGAAACACCUUGAAGUCUCGUUAAGAGUCUCGUUAAUCAGCGUACCUUUAGAAACACCUGGAGGACUCGUUAAUCAGCGUACCUGUAGAAACACCUGGAGGGCUCGUUAACAGUCUCGUUAAGCAGCCGGGAAGCACUGCCACGAAUGUAUCACAGAGUUCUGCAUAACGGAACAAUCUCAACAUAUAUCUAGAAGUCUAGGCGAGCGGGGAAAUGUACAUUUUGUAUUUAUAAGAUGAUGUCAUGUUCUAAGAUGUUGUUUAAUCGUUGGAAGGGAGGCUGUUUAGAAGUGGUGUCCUAUAACCCGUAGAGUGUUCUCAGCCAUCGUUCCGCAGUGGGAGCUGUGGCAACACGACAGGACAUACUAAAUCCUUCUGCUACUUCCUGUUGUGUUCAUACAUCAGCCUAUCAGGUGGCCUUUUGCACUUUGUGUUCAGUUAUCUACAGUCAUUUGAUCUGAAGGAAGUAGAACUCCUAGCACGCCGUGUUGCAUCAUGGGAUGGUUUACAAAACAAAACAAAAAACUUGUUGCCUAUGCUGUCAAUCAUCUUUCAUUUUUCACGGUAUUUAAUGAUCAGAAUAAGUUGUAUUGAUCGAUUACAAUAAAGCUCAUUAUACGGUUAAAA